AUGCGAAACAAUUUAUCACCUCUACUAAUUCUAUUCCUAUUUCUGAUUUUUCAACGCGGCAUCUCGAGAGCCGAGGAAAAUUGUCCGGAAAGGUUGGUUUUCUGGCGGGAAAUUUGAAUUUUAUCAAUUUCGCGCCGAAAGUAUUGAUGGAAAUUUGAAUAUCAAGGUUUCGCGCCGAAAAAUCAACUUGGUUUUUGGCGCGAAAAUUUGAAAAUUACAAAUUUAAAAUUUCCCGCCAACAAAUUUCGGCGCUAAUUUCAAAUAUUCAAAAAAUCCAUGUUUUUGGCGCGAAAACUUUAAAAUAUGAAAAUUUACACUGCACCGCCCAUAUUUUUUGCGGAAACUUUGAAAAAUCAAAUUUCCCGCCAACUAUUUUUGGCGCUAAUUUCAAAUAUUCAAAAAAUCUUCCGUGCCGCCCAUGUUUUUAGCGCGAAAUUCCAAAGUUUUCUUCCAGCUGCAAAUGUCAACCGGACGCCAAUCAACCAACUCAUCUUCAAGUAACCUGUAACCUCCUCGUCUCAAGUUCACCUAAAAUCCACCGCAUCUCCCAACAAAUCCGAUCGCUCAUAUUAACAUGCGCAGACGACACAAAAAUCCGGUUAGCUGCCGAUUUUCUCGAUGGAUGUACGAGUUUGAACAAUUUGAGAAUUGAGGUGAGUUGGAAAUUCGGAAAAAAAAUUGGGAAAUUUUUGCCCACCCUGUAUAAUCCCCGGGGUUAAUCCCGAAAUAAUCGUCUUCGUUUCUCGUUUUCACUCUCCCCCGCUCAGAGAACUAAGAAAAUAUAUAUUAUAAGGUCAAAACAAAAGGGAGACGUCUAACACCCGUCUCCCUUUCUAUUAUAUCUUUUUCCCCUUCUUCCUCUUGUCUUUAAUUAGCCGAGUUGCGUAAUCGAAACAAGUCGUAUAAUAGCGAGAGACGAGCGAACACCAUGUUUUCUUCUUAUUCACCAUAUAUUUUUUGCCAACAAUGAUUUAUGACCGGAACAGGGGUGAAAACGAAAAAAAAAGUGAAAAUAUUUGUGAGGGACGAGUCGGCGCCUAGGCCAUGUGUGCAAUUCGCGCUCCAUCGAACACACGGAAUUUAUUUUUAUUUUUUCGCGUUUUUUCGGGAAAACUUUGGUUUUUCGAGGUUUUUGGUGAAAUUGGAUAGUGGAAAUGGGGAAAAUGAGUGAUUCAGUUGAAAAUUUACAAAAUUUUCCACUUUUUACCCGGAAAAUUCCUCAAAGAUUCGCCAAAAAUUCAAAUAAUUCAUUUCAUAAUAAAUUGAUGAUGGUUUUUCCGGUGAUGUGCCCCAUCUGCCUUCUUGUUACUACAAAACACUUGAAGAACAAUAUACCACUAAUCUCCUUUUCUUUUUUCAACUCAACAACACAAAUUGACACUCCUCUCCUCUUUUCCUACUUGAAACAACACAUGUCAAAAAUUUAUUGGAUUAGUCGAAAAAAAUUGGUUUUUUCAAACAAAAAAACAAGGAAAAUUGGAGAAAAGGCGAUUUCACGCUGUUGAAAACGGGAUUUAAAAAAAACAUUUUUUAAUGUAGAAGCAAAUGCACUCUAUUGAGAACUUGGAAAUUUCAUGAAAAAUUUAAAUUUUUAGUUUUUUUUUGUGAAAAAGGAAUCUAAGUGCGCCUUAUUGCUAAACAAGAAAAUUAUUUUUUUUUUCUCUAAAAACAAGUGCGAACCUGGAAAUUGAGAACCUGGAAAUUUUUAUAAGAAAUUCGAAAAUUAAUUUUUCUUUCUUUUAAAAACAAAUGCGCUCUAUUGAGAACCAAGUAUUCCCCUGAAAAUUGCAAAAAAUAACAUUUUUCUUUAAAACCAGCAAAUGCGCGCCAUUAACAAUCUUCAAUUUUCGAAGAAAAUUCAAAUUCUCAAUUUUUUAAAUAAAACCAGCAAACGCGCGCCACUGACAAUCUUCAAUUUUCGAAGAAAAUUCAAAUUUUCAAUUUUUAUAAAAACAGCAAAUGCGCGCCAUUGACAAUCUUCAAUUUUCGAAUAAAAUUCAAAUUUUCAAUUUUUAUAAAAACAGCAAAUGCGCGCCACUGACAAUCCCCCGUUUCCCAAGAAAAUUCAAAUUUCUACUUUUUUUCCUCUAAAAAAAGCAAAUGUGCUCUACUGAGAAUCCCCCGUUUCCGAAGAAAAUUCAAAUUCUCAAUGUUUAAAAUAAAAACAGCAAAUGUGCUCCACUGAGAAUCCACCAUAUCCCUACAAAAUUCAAAUUCUCAUUGUUUUUUUUUUCUGCAGGCCUGCCUUCUUCCCGAAAAACUGUUCGACAACGAUUCGGCAGCCAAUCUGCGAAGCCUAGAAAUCAAAAAUGGUCGACAUCUGGAGCUCACCGAAAAUCUCCUGCAACCUCUAACUCGACUAGAAAAAUUGCACGUUGUGGAGUCGAAAAAUGUGCCGGAGAUUACGGAAAAAUUACUGUGCGCAUUGCCAAAUCUACAGGUAUGUGGGGUCCUUUAAAAACAUUUGGGGGGUGGGGGGGUGAAAAUUGAUCUCUCCUUUAAAUUUUGUGCCGCCGGCAGGCAGAUGGCCAUGGCUUAGAAGGCUUCAGCAAUUUUGAAUAGACAUACACUACUCUGUCAUAAUUAUUAUUAUUAUUGCUUCUUAUUGUUAUCGUUAUGUAUUAGUUUGGGGGAAAAAGAAAGAGGAAUGAGGGUUUUUGUGGCCUAGAAAUCCAAAAAUGUCAUGUCGAAAAAAAAACUAAAAAAAAACGUUUUUUCAGCCAAAAAUGAUGAAAAAUCAAUAUUUUUGAAGCUUCUGGAAUAAUUUCUGCUUAAAAUGGACCUUGGAAUUCACUUUCCAGAAGGUUUUGCUGAUUUUUCGGAAAAUAAAAAAUUUUAAAUUUUGAUGAAUUUCGAAAAAAAUCAUAAAAUAAAGCAAAAUAGGGUUCUCGAAGCUCAUUUUCAUCAGAAAUCACUCCAGAAGCUUAAAAAAUAUCGAUUUGUCAUCAUUUUUGACUGAAAAACUCGAACAACUAAUUUUGACCUACAAUGUUUUUUCGACAUUUUUUGACUUUUCGUGAAUUGAUCUUUCGAUGUUAAAAAAACAUUUUUCAACAUUUUUUUCGUUCGUGCAUCAGCCCUUAUGAAAAAAAUGUCUAAAAAUAGGAAAAAUAUAGUUUUUUGACAUUUGCAGAAUCGAAUUUUUUUGUAAAAAACAUUUUUUUUAAAGUUUUUUUUUCGACAUGAAUCACCCCAUCGGAUAUUUUUGACCCGCAAUAAAUUUAGCAUAUGAAUAGGAUUGAAAAUAGAUAGAUACACCAGUCAAAACAACAAACAAUUAUAUUGUUAUUCAUAAUUUUUCACCUUGACAGAGAGAAAAAACCGCGGCGGCCGUGGCUAAUUAGCUAAAUGAUCCAUGAAGCCUAGGGAUCCUUUUGAGCUCCCCUAAUUAGUCGAAAAAUUAAUGAGCUUGGAUGGAAAUUUUUGAUUUGUAAAUAAAAACUUUGUGAUGAUUUUCGACCCAAAAAACACUCCUGGAGCUCAUUAAUUACCCCUAAUAUCAUUUUUCAGGUGUUGAAUUUGUCGACCAACACAAUGCCGACAUUGAGCCGCGCGGAAUCGUGUAUUGCGCAACAAUUGCUCAUUGUAGAUCUGUCGAGAAAUGAGUUGCGCGAUGUUCGGUGAGUUGUAGGGCUGGCACGGAAAAAUGGUGGAUUUUGAGCCGUGAAAACGUGAAAUUUGAACAAAAUUAGGCCCCGCCCACUUUCUGCAAGUCUGGCACGGUUUUUUAAAAAUCAAAUGCUUAGAAAUUUGAACAAAAUUAGGCUCCGCCCACUUUCUGCAAGUCUGGCACGGUUUUUUCGGGGAUUUUUGAACAAAAUUAGGCUCCGCCCACUUUUCUGCAACCCUGGCACGGUUUUUCGGGGAUUUUUGAACAAAAUUAGGCUCCGCCCACUUUUCUGCAACCCUGGCACAGUUUUUCGGGGAUUUUCGAUCAAAUAAGACUCCACCCACUUUUCUGCAACCCUAGCACGGUUUUUCGGGGGGUUUUUGAACAAAUUAGGCUCCGCCCACUUUUCUGCAACCCUGGCACGGUUUUUAAAAAAUCAAAUACUUAGAAAUUUGAACAAAAUUAGGCUCCACCCACUUUUCUGCAACCCUGGCACGGUUUUUGAAUAAGCAAAAGCUUAGAAAUUUGAACAAAUUAGACUCCACCCACUUUCUGCAAGUCUGGCACGGUUUUCGGGGAUUUUCGAACAAAUUAGACUCCGCCCACUUAUCUGCAAGCCUGGCACACUUUUGUUCCCGUUCAAUUUUCGAAUUUUUCCAGAAAUUUCCUUGGCGGCGCUCCAAAUAUUCGACAACUAUCGAUUUCCCAAAAUUUUUUGCAAAAAAUUGACGAUUUAUCCACUCUCACACCACUUUUACAACAAAUCGACGCGGAAUCCAACGAGAUUGCGGAUUUUUCCGCGUCGUCCGCACUUCCGCCCACUCUUGUCCACAUCAACUUGGCGCAAAAUCGCCUGCUCCAAAUUCCUGAAGUGAUUUUGUCGCUGCCCGAUUUGGUGGCGUUGAAUUUGUCGGGAAAUGCGGUGAGCGGAGAGAAUGCGACGAGAUUUGGUAAGGGAUUUUUUUGACCCAAAACUCAUAGAAAAUCUGAAAUUUUUCAGCAUCUAAUGAUAUUGAAAUGUUUGACAUUUCGAAAAAUCGUCUCAAAAAUUUGCCCGAAGAAUGGCUGGCCGGCAGCCAAAAAUCGCUGGUCAACCUGAAAUUGGACGCGAAUUUGAUUGAGAAAUUUGAACCCGGGAUAAGCUUUGAGAAUUUUACCAAUUUGCAAAUCGUAAGUGAUUUUUUGGGCGGAAAAUUGGAAAUUUUUGGAUUUUUCUGAAAAAUGUUUAAUUUUUGUAGUUUUAAGGCUUGAAAAUCUGAAAAUUCAACAAAAAUACAGGAUUUUAGGCCUGAAAAUCUGCAUUUUCAAUGCAAAAUGAAAUAAAAUUUUCAGAUUUUUCGAAAAAUUCAAAAACUAUUUAGCGUAUCUCGAAAUUUUCCCAAUUUUCUCGCGCACCUGUUACUUUCUGUCUAAUUACCCCCCUUCAAUUUCAUCUUAUUCUAUUCUAAUAUCUAUUGACACCUUUUAGAAAAAAAGGUAUAUAAUUAAUAGAUACAGUAGAGUAUAAUAGAAAAUUGAGGAGUAUUAUAAUAAUACAGUACUGUCACUCUCGAGAAUUAGAAUAAGUAUAGGUAAAUAUUUGAGAAGAAGAAAAUCGAGGAAAUAAUUAUAGGUUUUGCCUGCCACCCAAAAAAGUGUGAAGAUUUUUUUGAGAUAAAUGAUUUUUCAUAAUUUAGGGGUAGUUUUUGACCUGUAGAUUUGAAAAAUUUGAGAAAUUUUGACUUAAAAUCAUGAAAAUCUUGCAUUUUUGGACAUGAAACUGAAUUUUUGAGCUCAAAAUCGAUUUUUUAGGCUCAAAAAUUCGGAAAAUCGAAUCCGGAGCUCAAAAUUGAGCCUGGAAAGCCUCUAAAAAUCUCAAAACAAAAAUUUUUCAGCUCGAUCUAUCCUCCAACCUUCUGGAAACCCUUCCCGCUUCACUAUUCUCCUCAAAAAAUCAAAAACUAUCACAAAUCCUGCUCGCCAACAACUCAUUGACUCAAAUCGAGCCCGAAAGCCUUUCAGGCCUCAAAUUGGACCUAUUGGAUUUGUCGGAAAAUCGGCUCGAAGAUAUUCCCGUGGAGUUGGCGCAAGUCGACGCGUUGAAACGUGUCGAUUUGCGACGAAAUCGCAUCAAUAAAUUGGCGCAAAAUGUGUUGAAUCGCGUGAAAUUGUUGCAUUAUGUGGAUUUGUCGGAGAAUUUGUUGCAAAGUGUGAGUUUUUUUUUUUGAAGGCGGGGCACCGAAAAUUUCAAAUUCAAAAUUUUACUCUCUAUUUUGAAGGCUCAAAAAAGAGUUGAGUUGGAAGUUUCGAAUUCCACGUGGCAAAAAUGAUUUUGAAAAAUUUUCAAAUGUUGAAAAUUGGCGCCUGAUAUUCCACGUAGCUAAAUUCCCGCCAAAAAUUAUUUUUCCACGUUUUUUCCACUAAAAAAUCCACGUGGCAAAAUUCAAUUUUGAAAAAUUUUCAAAUUUUUAAACUUGGCGCCUGAAAAUCCACGUGGUCUAGAAUUUUAGCGCGAAAUUUGAAAUUUUGUAAAUUGGCACCUGAUAUUCCACGUAUCUAAAUUCCCGCCAAAAAUUAUUUUUCCACGAUUUUUCCACUAAAAAAUCCACGUGGCAAAAAUCAAUUUUUGGAAAAUUUUCAAAUUUUUAAACUUGGCGCCUGAAAAUCCACGUGGUCUAGAAUUUUAGCGCGAAAUUCGAAAUUUUGAAAUUUGGCGCCUGUUAUUCCACGUGACUAAAUUCCCGCUAAAAAUUCAGUUUUCAAAAUUUUUGCAUCAAUCAAUAAAUCCACGUGACAAAAUGAAUUUGAAAUUUUGAAAAUUGGCGCCUGUUAUUCCACGUAGCUAAAUUCCCGCCAAAAUAUAUUUUUUCACGAUUUUUCCACUAAAAAAUCCACGUGGCAAAAAUCAAUUUUGAAAAAUUUUCAAAUUUUUAAACUUGGCGCCUGAUAUUCCACGUAGCUAAAUUCCCGCCAAAAAUUAUUUUUCCACGAUUUUUCCACUAAAAAAUCCACGUGGCAAAAAUGAAUUUUGAAAAUUUUUAGAAUUUUCAAAUUUGGCGCCUGAAAAUCCACGUGGUCUAGAAUUUUAGCGCGAAAUUUGAAAUUUUGUAAAUUGGCACCUGAUAUUCCACGUAGCCGAAUUCCCGCCAAAAAUUAUUUAUUCAAGAUUUUUGCAUCAACAAAAAUCCACGUGGCAAAAAUGAAUUUAGAAUUUUGUAAAUUCGCACCUGAUAAUAUUCCACGUAGCUAAAUUCCCGCUAAAAAUUCAGUUUUCAAAAUUUUUGCACUAAAAAUCCACGUGGCAAAAAUCAAUUUUGAAAAAUUUUCGAAUUUUAAACUAGAAUUUUAGCUCCAAAUUUUUCCCAAUUAAAAAAAAAUUCAAAUUUUUGUUUUGCAGAUCGGUCCCCUCGUCUUCACAAAUUCACCCGAUUUGCACACUUUGGACCUGUCGAAAAACGAAAUUUCGCUACUUUUCAAAGACGCUUUUGCAAAAUGCCCGAAAUUGCGGAAAAUUGUGCUGAAAAAUAAUCGAAUUCGUGAGUUUUUUGGGGAUUUUUGCUCAAUUUUUAGCUAGAAAACUUGAUUUUCCAUCGAUUUUGAGCAAAUUCGCUCUUUCAGAAUCCAUCGAUGAAGGACUUCUCGAAGCGAAUUCGCUGAAAAAGUUGGAUUUGUCUGAAAAUCGCCUCGUUGUUCUGAAAUGGUCGGCUCUUCCCGAUAAUUUGGAGCAUCUUCAGGCGGAUAAAAAUUCAAUCAAUUUGUUGACGGCUGCUGGAAGAAUGAGGUAAAUAUUUUGGGAUUUUCAGAGCCCAAAAAAAAAUCUGCAAUUUUUUCCAGCCUAAAAUCGAUUUCCCUCACCGACAAUCAAAUUUCGCUACUUUCUGGCGAACAAAUUCCAAAUUCGGUCGAAAAUUUGGAUUUCUCACGAAACCGCAUAAAUCACCUCACAAAAUCCACGUUUUCACAAAAAUUACAAUUGAGAAAAGUGAAUUUGGCCGAAAAUUUGAUCGAAAUUCUCGACGGAGAAGCGAUUAAAAUCAAUGGAAAUGUUCAUCCGAUUCGAAUGAAUUUGUUGGGAAAUCCGCUGCAUUGCUCAUGUCAAAUGAUGUGGAUUUUGGAAAAUGAGGAAUUGAGGGGAAAGGUGAGAGCGAUUUUGGGGUAUUUUGAGAAAUUUGAGAAAUUUUGAGCCAGGAAUUGGUGAAAUUUGACGAAUUUUAGUAGAGAAAUUCGGAUUUUCGUGAAUUUUUUAUCUAGAAAAUUAAAAAUCGAUGGUUUUCUAUAGAAAAUAUGAAAAAAUCGCAAAUUUUUGACCUCUGAAACUCCAAAUUUUCCAGAACCCGGCCAAAGUUUUGCUCGAAAAUCGUGCCAACACAACAUGUCGCCACGUCAUCCACAAAUCCCAAAUUAGCCUAACUUCGAUCCAAAAAGACGAUUUGCUAUGCGAAUAUCAACAAAUCUGCGAACCCGACUGUAUUUGUUGUCAAUACGAAAAUUGCGAUUGCAAAUCAGUUUGUCCAAAUCAAUGCGAAUGUUUUCGAGACAAUGAAUUUCGCCAGAAUAUUGUGAGAUGCGAGAAGAAGAAAUCUGGAAAUUCCAGCAGCUCUUCUUCUGCAGCAAAUUCGAGUGGCUCCAGAGAAUUUGUCGUAUCGAUUUUACCAGUUUUCGCAACGGAUAUCACACUAACCAAUCUCGAUUUACCGCAACUUCGGCGAAAUUCCUUCUUCGGACGAACUCGCCUUCAAACUUUGCGAAUUAAUGGAACAGGCCUGAGAUCUAUUCAGGCUAAAGCCUUCAAAAGCCUGCCAGGCCUGAAAACGUUGGAUUUGUCGAAUAAUUUGCUGUUGGAAUUGAAUGGAGAUGAAUUUGAGCAUUUGAAUGAGGUACAACAGGUUUUUCUGAAUGGAAAUCGAUUGAGACAAUUGAGUCGGAAAGUUGUGGAAAGAUUUCCGAAGUUACGGUUUUUAACACUGCACAAUAAUUCGUUCGAAGAUAUUCCGGCGGCUUUAAGCGGAACAGUAAGCGGAACUUUGAGCGGAAUCUCGUUGUCUGGAAAUCCGUUGAGAUGUGAUUGCUCGGCUGCAAAUGGAGCUGGACAUCAUCAGCAAAUUGUGAGUUUUUUGAAAAUUUUGAAAGAACCAAUUUUUACUUUGCUGAAAAAUCUGAAAAUUUGGCUGAAAAAUCUCAGAAUUUCAAUUUUCAGAUUUUCCUGAAAUUGAAUUUUUUUUUUAGAAAAUUCAAAAAAAAAAUUUUCAUUUUGAUAUUUCUCAAAAAUCUGAAAUUUUUGUUGAAAAAUCCUAGAAAAAUCCUAGAAAAGCUGCAAAAUUGCAAAAAUAUCUAAAAUUGCUGAAAAUUUUGAAAAAUUGAUCUAAAAUUCACCAAUUUUUGGUUUGAAAUUGCUGAAAAAUCUGAAAAUUUCAAUUUUUCAGCUCAAAAUAGUUCUAGAAAUCCUCAAUUUUCAGAUUUUCCUGAAAUUGAAUUUUUUUUUGAAAAUUCAAAAUUUUCAGAUUUUGAUAAUUCUGAAAUUUUUGUUGAAAAAUCCUAGAAAAGCUGCAAAAUUGCAAAAAUGAAUUUUACUUAUCACGGUCUGAAAUUGCUGAAAAAUCUGAAAAAUUGUCUAAAAAAUCUCAGAAUCUCAAUUUUUCAGCUCUAAAUAGUUUUAGAAAUCCUCAAUUUUCAGAUUUUCCUGAAAUUGAAAUUUUUUAGAAAAUUCAAAAUUUUCAUAUUUUGAUAUUUCUCAAAAAUCUGAAAUUUUUGUUCCAAAAAUCCUAGAAAAGCUGCAAAAUUUGCAAAAAUUUUUUUUUUUUACUUAUCCCGGUCUGAAAUUGCUGAAAAUUUUGAAAAUUUGACAAAAUCUAUCAUAUUUGGUCUCUAAUUAACCAGAAAACCUUGAAGAUCCCCAAAAAUUGCCCCAAAUUUCUUUUUCAGAAUCGCUACGGUCCUCCAAUCAUCGAACACAAUGCAGCUGAAUGGAUGUCGAUGUCACGACAUCUGGUUGUUGAUGCUGCCAAAGUUGAAUGCGUUGAAAAUGUCACGAAAGCAUUUAUGACUAACGAUACUACGAUUCUAUCGGGAUAUCCUCCCAAUUUCAACCAUGAUAUAUUUGUAAUGCCAAUUGAUGGUAAGAGAAUUUUUUGGGGAAAAAAUCUGGAUGAAAAUUGAGCUGAAAAAAUUUUCAGCUUGGAAUAAAUCUGAAAAUUUUGACUGCAAAAGAAUUGCAAUUUUCUCUUGAAUUUUUAGCUCAAAAUAAUUCUAGAAAUCCCAGAUUUUCAAAUUUUCUUCAAAUUGAAAAUUUUUUAGAAAAUUCUAGAUUUUUCAACUUGAAAUAAGUCUGAAAAAAUCUGUAAUUUUCCUGUGAAAAAGCUCAGAAUUUCAAGUUUUCAGCUCAAAAUAAUUCUAAAAAUCCCAAAUUUUCAAAUUUUCUUCAAAUUGAAAAUUUUUUAGAAAAUUCUAGAUUUUUCAACUUGAAAUAAGUCUGAAAAAAUCUGAAAUUUUCUAGAAUCUUGAAUUUUUCAGCUCAAAAUAAUUCUAGAAAUCCCAGAUUUUCAAAUUUUCUUCAAAUUGAACAUUCUUUAGAGAAUUCAAGAAAAAUAUGAAAUUUUUGUUGAAAAAUCCUAGAAAAACUGCGAUUUUCAAAAAUUUUUUGGAAAUUCCAGAUUUUCAGAUAGGUCUGAAAAAUCCUGUGAAAAAGAUCAGAAUUUCAAGUUUUCUAGAAUCUUGAAUUUUUCAGCUCAAAAUAAUUCAAGAAAUCCUAAAUUUUCAGAUUUUCCUGAAAUUAAACAUUUUUGUUGAAAUAUCCUUAAAAAACUGCAAUUUUCCUGUGAAAAAUCAUUAAAACCCGGAAAUUCCAGAUUUUCAGCUCAAAAAUCCCUCUAUUUUUCCAGAAUUCCUUCGCGAAUACAACGUCUCGAUCUGUGUCCCAUAUUCUUCUGGAUUCUUCGGACAAGAUCCACAAAAUUCCAUAAUCUUCAUCGCUUUAGCUGUAGCUCUAUCGAUUUUGAUGUGUCUAGCCGUAAUUCUAGCCAUCUCAUUCAUCCGAAAAUCUCACGAUGCUAUAAAUCAACGACGAUACAAAGCAACAUCUUCAUUGAAUUGUUCAACAUCAGCCGGUUCGAGUCCGCUUCCGAUUCCUCUCCUUAGCUAUCAUGCAUUUGUGUCUUAUUCGAAAAAAGAUGAGAAAAUGGUAUUUGAUCAAUUGUGUCGGCCAUUGGAAGAUGAUGAUUAUCAAUUGUGUUUGUUGCAUCGAGAUGGACCGAGUUGGAAUUCGAAUUUGCACGCGAUUUCUGAUGAAUUGAUUGCGCAAAUGGAAAGUGCACAAUGUUUGAUUCUUGUGUUGACUAGGAAUUUUUUGGAAAAUGAAUGGAAGACGUUGCAGAUUAAGGUGAGGGUUUUGAAAAAUUCGCGAUUUUCGACUAACUUCUAAAGAAAAUCCAACAUUUUCAUACAAAAUUUGAUAAAAAUCAGCCUGGACAGGGAUUUUUGAGCUGAAACCCCACAUUUUUCAUGAAAAAUGGAGAAUUUUGACGACUCAAACUGAAAAUUUAAUAUUUUUCAUUUGUUCGAAAAUCCACAGAAGCUUGAAAUUUGAAUUUUCCACCGAAAUCUACGCAAAAUUGAAGCGGAAAUUUGAAAAUUUCGCGAUUUUCGGCUAACUUCUAACGAAAAUGCAACAUUUUCAUAUAAAAUUUUAUAAAAAUCAGCCUGGACAAGGAUUUUUGAGCUGAAAAUCCUAAAUUUUUGUUUAAGAUGUUUUGUGCUGGAAAUAUGAUUUAGGCUAACUUCUGAAGAAAAUCCAAUUUGAUGAAAAAUCAACCUUUGAAGUGAUUUUUAAGCUGAAACCCCACAUUUUUUUGUAUUUAUCAUGAAAAAUGGAAAUUUCAAGCUAUUUCUCUACUCAAACUGUGAAAAUUUACCAUUUUUCAUUUGAUCAAAAAUCCCCAGAAGCUUGAAAUUUGAUUUUUACACCAGAAUCUACGUAAAAAUGCACGAAUUUUCGAAAAUCGAAGCGGAAAUUUGAAAAAUUCACGAAUUUCGGCCACACUUCUGAAAAAAAUCCAACAUUUCCAUACAAAAUUUAAUAAAAAUCAACCUGGACAGGGAUUUUUGAGCUGAAAAUCCUACAUUUUUGUUUAAGAUGUUUUGUGCUGGGAAUUUGAAAAUGUUGCAAUUUUCUGACUGGAAAUAUGAUUUAGGCUAACUUCUGAAAAAUCCAUAUUUGAUGAAAAAUCAACCUUGGAUGUGAUUUUUAAGCUGAAACCCCGAAUUUUUCAUAAAAAACCGAAAUUUUAAGCCAUUUCUCUGAAAAUUUCAUGAAAAAUGGAACGACUGUGAAAAUUCACCAUUUUUCAUUUGUUCAAAAAUCCUCAGAAGCUUGAAAUUUGAAUUUUCCACCGAAAUCCACGUAAAAAUGCACGAAUUUUCGAAAAUUCUGCAUUUUUGCGUCAAUUUUGGUGUCUCCCCAGUUUUACAGUGGAUUUCACGCAAAAUUGCGGAAAUUUUCCAAAAAACUUUUUCAAAAAAAUGAAAUUCACUAUUUUCAAGAAGAAUCUUUUAUGGAAAAAUUCCAAAAUUUUUUGGCUAAUUUUCAUUAAGAUUCCAAUUUUCAAAUCUAACUCUAAUUUUUUUGAACUUUUUUUUCACCCAAACCACAAUUUUUCCAGACCUCCCAUCAAUUAUUCUCAAAAAAUCGCCAAAAACGUGUGAUCGCCGUGUUGGCUGAUGACGUGGAUGCGAAUUUGUUGGACGAAGAAUUGGGACAAAUUCUCAGAAAACACACUCGAAUCGAUAUGAAAUCGCAUCUGUUUUGGACUCUACUACACUCUAGUCUACCCAAUCGACUUCCCCUAAAUCACCAUCAUCAUAGUUCGAAGAAUUCCGAUGAUUCGGGUAGUCAGGUCUAUUCGGAUAUUUAUGGAAUUGUACCGUCGGAUGUUGUUUAG